AUGGAGGUGCCUGCGGGGAGCGAGAGGUGGUGCUCGAGGAACGUUUUGAGGAAACAGCGGCACUGGGAGAGAAUCGUGAUGGCGAAGAAGAAGAAGAGGAAACAGGAGAAAGAGAGGAGAAAAGCUAAGCCUGCGGAAGAUAAAGGGGCUACUCCCCACCAGAGCAAGCGCGUUUUGAAAGCCACCGCCAGGGAGCGGCUUCUGGCGGCCAAAGAGGCAGCCCCUCGGCUGUGCAUCGACCUGAGCAUGAGCAGCCGCAUGACGAAGAAGAUGGACACCACUCCAGAAAGUUACCUUGACCUGUUUCCUGUGGAGAGGAUUGUCUACCUCACUCCUGACUCGGAGAACGCGCUGCGGGACGUGGACCCCCACAAGGUGUACGUCCUCGGCGGGCUUGUGGAUGAAACCAUUCAGAAGGAGCGGAGCUUGCAGCAGGCCCAGGGCCACGCCUUGCAGACGGCCCGGCUGCCCAUCGCCGAGUACAUGGUGCGGAAUGCCAACGCCAGGAACUACCACUCGGAGACCUUGGCCAUCAACCAAGUCUGUGACGCCCUGGUGACUUACUGCGCCACCCGGAGCUGGCCAGAGGCGCUGAAAGCCGCAGUCCCCCCAGGAAAGGGCUACGUGCUCCGGGAACCGGCUACCUGAGCGCUUGGCAGCCUGGGCCAGGGCUCUGUCCUCUGCUGUCGCUGAGCCCGUGGACAGAAGA